AAUGGGCAGUGCCCAUCCUGGAGAGAGAAGCAGGGUGGGGUUGGAGCAGGAAGUCUGUGGGGGAAGGAAGCUGAGGGAUCCUCCACAGGAGGGAGUCACAGCAGCUAGGGGCACCUGUCAGGCUGGAGGUGUGGGCCAUCUAGGGGAAGGGGUAGUCACCAAUGUCCAGCAAGAGCCCUUGGGAGGUACAGCCCACCACAGCAUUCCCGAGACCACACCAUGUUCCUCUUCUCCCGUAAGACCAAGACCCCUAUCAGUACCUACACCGACUCCUACAGGGCCCCUACCUCCAUCAAGGAGGUCUAUAAGGACCCCCCUCUGUGGGCUUGGGAGGCCAACAAGUUUCUGACUCCGGGUCUGACUCAUACCUCAGAGCGCCACGUGGAUUCUGAAAACCUGCAGAAGAUGGUCAGAUGUGCCACACAAGACUACAGCUAUAAGGAUUCCAUAUCAGGUCACCCCUACUUGCCUGAGAAGUACUGGCUCUCUCAAGGGGAAGCAGAUAAAUGCAGCCCAAGCUACCUGGACAGUGACCGGUACAACACAUGGAGGAUGGGACCUUACAACAGCAGCUGCUGGAACAAGUAUACCACCUACCUUCCCCGGCUGUCUAAGGAGGCCGGGAUGGACUCAGCAGUUCGAGGAAUGCCCUUGGAGUACCCUCCGAAGCCGGAGCGGCUCAACGCCUACGAGCGCGACGUGGUGGUGAACAUGCUGAACUCACUGUCACGGAACCAGCCGCCGCCGCAGCUCACGGCCCGAUGCGGAUGCGUGGACCCGCUGCCCGGCCGCCUGCCCUUCCAGGGCUACGAAAGCGCUUGCUCGGGCCGUCACUACUGUCUGCGCGGGGUGGACUACUGCGCCCCCGGGGCGUCCUGCGCCGACCGCCACCUGCGGCCUGUGUGCCGGGAGCAACCGACUGAGUGUAUCGCCCUGCGAGCACCGGCCCGGAAUGCAGUGUGCUAUUACAACUCCCCCGCCGUCAUACUACCCAUGUCCGAACCUUAAAUGGGACACAAGUCACUUCAAGAAGUCUGGUGGUCCUCAGAGAAACAACUAUAUCGUCCAUCCUGAGUUUGUGUCUGAGACCUAUCCUGACUACCACUGCUGGUAGAGCCUGGACUGGCCGGGUCAAGGGGUUGAAGCAAUAAACUCUUCACCCCCAAA